AUGUCGGCGAGCUUUCCUGUCCCGGCUCCUGGCCCCUUUAAUGCGCAGUCACCGGUCUUUCCUCAAGGUUUUGCCUUUCCAGCCGAUGCUUACCAACAGGGAUUUAAUACACCUUCUAAUCCUUAUCCAUCUUCCAAUGGUGCUAUACCUACGAAUCCGAUGUUUGACGCAAAACAAAUGAACGGGUACGGAUAUGUUGGGGGACCGGGACCGAUGGGCGGAGCUCCCCUCAUGUCCCCCACGGCCAACGUUCCAGCUCCGUUUGGUGCACAUCCGAUGCGACAGUUUCACCAACCGGGCAUGCCAAAACCAUGUGCUAUGCGGCCACGAAUGCUACAACACAUGGGUGGUAUGAUGCCGAUGAACGGUCAAAUGAUGCCAAAUCAACAGCAACCGCCGACUCCCGUGAAUCAUCAGAUGCAGCAGCAACAACAACAACAGCAACAACAACAGCAACAGCAGCAGCAACAACAACAAAUGCAGCAGCAAAUGCAGCAACAACAACAGCAGCAGAUGCAGCAGCAACAGCAGCAAAUGCAACAACAGCAACAGCAAAUGCAACAACAACAACAGCAACAACAGCAACAGCAACAACAACAACAACAACAACAACUUGCCGCUGCACAACAAGGAAUUCGUCAGCAAACUCCAAAUAGUCAACAAAUGCAAACAAAAUCGCCAAGUCAACCAGCAUCCCAUCCGUCAUCAAGUCCCAUGCAGUCGAAUAGGCCAAGUCCCGGAUCAAACAGGGGUGUAUAUCCGUCAAAUGCAAUGAGGCCCCCGUCAAAUGGUAGUGGCCAUCCGAAAUCUGAUUCAUCACCGGCUAGUAUGCAACAGACAUCGAGUGAUCAGAUUUCGAUGAAUUCUGGGAUGUCGGCUGGUACGGCGAUGAGCCCGUCAUGUUCAGUUUUCGGUAGCGGUAGUGGCGGUGGAGGUAGUGCCGCUGGUGGAGGAGCUGGUCCUCCACAGGCUGCGCCACGAACCACCGAACAUCAAGGACCACCUCAACCACCGACCACCAAUACGCCAUUCCCCCUCGUUACGCACUAUGAUAUGCCUCCCGCUUUUGUACAUUUGCAGGAUUCCUUUCAGAAUAUCGCUCCAAUGGAACCAGCAACGUUUGCAUUUUUGCCGCAUACGAAACACUAUGAUGUAGCCUAUGAUCGGCGAUAUACGGCAAUGAAUCCGAUGUCGCAAGGGCAACCACCAAUGCCAAAUCGGCAACCUGCACCAAGCCCCCAAAUGAUGUCACCUGCAUUCACACAACCGCAACCUCCAACGAAAACCAAAGCACCACCGUCGAAGAAAGCUCGAAGUGAUUCCAGUGAUGGUGGCUUCCCAGGAAUGUCUUCUGGUGGUCCUCCUGGAGGAGGAGGCGGUGGUGGUGGCGGCGGUGGUGGUGGCGGCGGUACUGGUAACAAUAUGAUGAUGGUACCCGGCUGUAUGACAGGACCACCACGCCAUAUGCAACCGAUGCCACCCGAUAUGUCACAUUAUGGUGGUGUACCGACAUCUCAAAUGGGCAUGAAUCCAGCUGCUCCAGGCAUGCCAUACUAUCCUGGCAUGUCACCAAGUACUGUACCUUCAAGUUCAUCAGCUGGUAAUACACCCUCAGUGGGUAUGCCUAAUGGGAUGUAUCCUAUGGGUAAUGUACCACAUAGUGCAGCGGCAUCAAUGAAUAUGGCCAGGCUACAGGAUAUGUCUCAACAAGUUAACGAUAACAGAUCACAACAAGUUCCAGUGUCCGGUGUCUACCAAAACAUGUCCAAUGGCCAGAUGUCAUCUGGUGAUCAGCAAUCGCUGAGCAGCCCUAGAAAUCAGAUGACCCAGAAUCCAUAUCAACAAUCAGGAAACCAAUUCGACAUAUCUCCUCAAUGUCCAAAGUGCCUAUGUCUUGUAUCGAAUUGUACUGGUCUACUUCCACGAGCAUUUGCUUUAUUGGAAGAAGAUCCGAGUGCAAAAUGGGUGUGUGGCGCAUGUGAAUCAUCGGUUCUAUGA